GAGAGAGAUGCCAACCCCCGGCCUUGUGCCCCCCAAGCCCCUUCCUUCAGAAUUCAGAUUUCAGAGAGCAACAACAAGGAACUGCUGCCCGCAACCCUAGCCUCCACCACCGCCUUGUGCCUCUAUUGCCGCCGCGCCGUCCGUCGCACUGACCCCUGUACGCUCUCAGACUCACCAGUCGCAGGCACGCUGUUUCUUCCUCGAGCGUCCGUCGUCUUCGUCUUCGUCUUCGUCUGAUGACUCUGCUCGCCGUCGUGCUCGCCGUCUGAGACCGAAGAAAAACCCUUUUCCAUUCCAAUCUCCUUCCUUCGAGUUCAGAGAGCAGAAGCUCAACCAACAAAAAAACCCUUCUCCAUUCCAAUCUUUUCGCCGUCUGUCAGAGUGAGAGACUGCUGUUGCCGCCUCCGUUGCACUCAAGAACUUCCGUCUUCGUGCUAUCGGCGUUCGCUACUUCGCUCCAUUCCAAUCUAGUGCUUGUUCUUCGUGUUUAUUUUAUUGUCUGUUCAGAAAUCAAACCCUCUUCGUGCUUGUUCUUCGAUGGUUGAUUUCAGACUCUCGGUGAUUCUCAUAAUAUUAGUUUUUGUGAGUAGUCUCUGAUACUGGUAAUGGAAGCUGCUUAGAGGAAUUUCAAGCUGAGGUUUUCUUCCAACGAUGAUGCUGACAACUGGGAUGGAAUGCUUUCUAUAAAAACCACGAAUAAGUUUUAACGUUCUUCUCACGGGAGCAGCUCAAAGUUGGGAGUGGAGUAACUUCCAACAUUGAAAACCAUCCGCACAAUGAACUGGUGAUGGAGGCUGUUUUAGGUUUUAGAAGCCAAAGGAUCGAUCCUAUUUUAGUUGGACCGGUUGGACUAGUAAACCAGUGAAUCAGUGACUAGAGCGGUUUGAUAAUCGGUCCGGUUCUCAGAACCUUGGUUUAUAGUGUGGUGUACUGGUGUUUGUUGACUCCAACUCCAUAUUAUUCUACUUUGACAUGUCCAACUCCAACCUGAUAUUUGAUUAUGUAAUUCAAUUUUUGCGGAAAUGUCGUCAUCAUAAACAUGAAAGAUUAGACAUGAAGAAAGUGCAUGGGUACCUGGUGAGGAGGGGCAUCCUCUUUCGGUGCCACCGUCUUCACACAGGAAUGAUGGCCACAUACGCCGCCGGGUGCCCCCAUUCUUUUGCUAAUAAGAAGCUUCAAACACUGAUGAACAAGUUCUUGAGAUGCAUCAGCAUCAACUCCACCAACCCCAUACACUUCAAUGCCAUCAUCUCUGAUUCUUCUCGCAUGGGCCUCCCCUUUCUCGCUCUCACUACCUUCUCCUUCAUGCACUCCAAUGCCAUUCCUUUGGAUACCUACGCUUUCUGCAGCACCUUAAAUGCUUCCUCUACACUCGCAGAUGUUCACUUUCCCAAACAGAUACAUGCUCACCUGGCAAAAUCGGGUUGGUCCUCUAGUGUGUUUGUGGCCAGUGCUCUCAUUGAUCUCUACUCUAAAUUGUCCACUUUGAAAGAUGCAGUCCUUGUGUUUGAUGAAACUCCUCACAAGAACACCGUUUGUGCCAAUGCACUUUUGUCCGGUUAUGUCCAUGCUGGUUUCUGGGUUGAACAGCUUGAACUAGUUAGGAAGAUGCCAGUCUUGAAAUUGAAGUACGAUCACUUUACACUCUCAGCGGCUUUACGUGCAUGCACCGGUUUAUCCGCCAUUGAAUUGGGUAGACAACUGCAUAGUUAUUUGCUGCGUACGAUACGGGACAUAGAGAGUGAUGUGUUUCUGCAGAGUGCGCUGAUUGAGAUGUAUGGCAAGUGUGGGAUGGUGAAGAAGGCAUGGCAAGUGUUCGGGUUGGCAGGAACCGAGGUGAAAAAAGAAAGAAGCAGAGAUGUUGUGCUGUGGACUUCAAUGCUUGGUGUGUAUGGCAGAAAUGGACACUACAAAGAAGUCAUUGCUUUAUAUAAUGAAAUGUUGGUGGAAGGAAUCAAACCAGAUGGGAUAGCAUUUCUUACGGUGAUCUCGGCUUGUGGUCGAACCGGCCAAGUACAAGAGGGUGUCAAGUAUUUUGAAUCUAUGGCUAAUGAAUUCAAGUUAGAUCCUGGUCCAGAGCAUUACAGCUGUUUGGUUGAUUUGCUUUGCAGGGCUGGGGAGUUGCACAAGGCAUGGGAAAUACUAAAUGAGAGAGUGGGAAAAUGUAGCAUCUCCAUGUGGGGAGCUCUACUCAGUGCAUGUGUGGAUUGUGGGAACAUAGAGUUGGGCGAAUUGGCAGCUGAAAGAGCACUUCACUUAGAUCCUCAGAAUGUUGGGAUCUGCGUUAUGCUAUCAAACCUAUAUGCCAAGUUUGGUAUGUGGGAUCGGAUCAGGGAAUUGAGAGCCCUGAUUAAUGCAAGUCGGUUAAGAAAAGAUGUUGGGUGCAGUUGGGUUCAGGUAACAAGUUGAAUGGCUUCUUGUCAUGCCUUCAACAAAAUAUGACAAACAACACAGGAAUAGCUUUCGAUCAAGUUUAUGGCAUGAGGAGAUCAUUUAGUGAGGGAGAUAUAAAGGUAUGUGACAGCAGAGGGUGAUCUGUUCAAAGCCCCGGAACCUGUUUUUGAAGAGUCAUUCAUGAACCUGGAUCCUGUGACAGCAGCCAUCUCAAUGAUAUCUUGUGGGGAAGAUGUCUUCUCACAGGGACUAAAAUCUGCUGAUAUUGAUGUUCUUCAAAAGGAACAGCUUCUGAGUGAUGUGUUUUAUGAGUGUGAAAAGGAUCUCUUAUAAAAGGCAGCAAUAGACUUGCCGUUCUCCGAUAUUCUGGAAAUCAAAGUUCCUGUUCUUAACACAGAGGAGAACUCAAUUGAAGAAAAGAAACAAUUUCUAGACAUGCCACCAUUACCAAAGAGUGUCAGUUCAGGAAGUUUGAGCUCAAUGGACUGGAUGCAUGGAGCUACAAUGAAGCCUGCUUUCCUCGAUGUCCCAGGAAUAGAUUUCAAUGAAGUUUACGGCAUGAGGAUAUCAUUUAAUGAGGAAGAUAUAAAGGUAUGAACUAGUUGAUCCAUGUGACUUUUACUUCUCAAGGUGUGACUUAUACAUAUAUUGUGUCGUAUGCUUUAGAUAAUCACAAUUAUGUUAUAUAGUAUCAGUUGAAGCUAUAAUGAUAUCUUGGACAGUAUAUAUAUAUAUACACACUGCAACACUGUUAGAAACUUUAUAUUUUGAUUAGAAUUUGAUUCAUUUGUAUUUCCACUUCUCUCCCUAUGUUUGGAGGAACAUAUUAACAUUUGCCUCAAAUGUUCCAAAAUAUGAUGAAACGAGAAAUUAUAAGCCAAAAAA